UUCCACUCAUUCCCGGCGCCGCUCGGGGAGGUGCGUCUCCGGCAUGGCCGCGGCCGACCCUGGGGACCCGGCGCCGGAGCCAAACCCUGCCGGACUACUGCUGGGCCAUAUCGUGGCCUCGGGGACAGUCGCUCAGAGAGGAAUGGAGAGAGAGAGAUAGAAACAUCAAUAAUGAGACAAUCAUUGAUCAGCUGCCUUCUGCAUGCCCUACACUGAGAGGAUCAAGCUGGAAACCCAGGAGAUAUUAGAUAUAUCUAAGAAAUCAACUCCUUGCUUUGUGAACUUCUCCAGGCUACAGCAGAUCACAAAUAUUCAAGCUGAAGUCAAUCAGAAAAACCUGGAAAUUGAACUUCUAAAACUAGAAAAAGAUACAGCAGACAUUGUUCAUCCUUCUUUUUUGGCUCAAAAGUGUCAAACUCUGCAAAGCAUGAAUAAUCAUUUGGAAGCAGUGCUAAAAGAGAAGAGGUCCCUCAGGCAAAGACUGUUGAAACCCAUGUGCCAGGAAAACCUGCCUAUUGAAGCAGUUUAUCACAGAUACAUGGUACAUUUGCUGGAGUUGGCAGUGACUUUUAUUGAGAGAUUAGAAACCCACCUUGAAACAAUUAGAAAUAUUCCUCAUUUAGAUGCAAAUCUAAAGAGAAUGAGCAAGGCUUUAGCCAAGAUGGAUAUUUUGGUGACUGAGACAGAAGAACUGGCAGAGAAUAUACUCAAGUGGCGAGAACAACAAAAGGAAAUUUCCUCUUCUAUCCCCAAAAUAUUAGCUGAAGAAAAUUAUCUUCACAAAUGUAUUGUAACACCAUAACGCCUUCUUUAUCUUUACUUCUAAAGUUUAUGUCCAAACUAUUAAUGCCAAAUGAUACAACUGGUUCAAUUAAGCAAAAAUGAUUUCUUUUUGCUUAACUGUAUGUAGUCGUGUGAAGUCCAUUUCUAGUCAGUGAUAACAUGGGUAUUUAUAGGCUUUGCUGCUAGCAAUACUGAAAGAGCCCUCUCUAUGUUAGAGUACUAAAAUUCCAAGUUCAUUAAGAGCAAAUUAAAUUUUCCUUCAUUUUUCAUAUGUGUGUGUGUGCAUGUGCAUAUUUAUUUAUUUAUUUUUUUUGGCUAAUCCUCACCUGAGAAUAUUUUUCCAUUGAUUUUUUAGUGAAAGUAGAAGGGAGGGGGAAAGACAGAGAGAAACAUGGAUGUUAGAGAAACACAGUGAUUGAUUGCCUCCUGUACAUGCCUUUACCAGGGCCGGGGAUCAAGCCCGCAACUGAGGUAUGUGCCCUUGACCAGAAUUGAACCCGGGAUCCUUUAGUCUGUGGGCCAAUGGCCAAUGCUCUAUCCACUGUGCCAAACUGGCUAAGGCUCUUUUUCAUAUAUUUUCAUUCCACUUUUGAAUAAAAUUUAUGAAGAUCAAGUAUAACUGUGGCAGUUUAUUAACAUAUUAUCUCAGGCAGCAGACUCUAUAUGUCUUUUUUUUUAAUGCUUGUUUCUGAAUUAGAAGAGUCUUGAAUCUCAAUAUAUGUUGAUUAUUCCUAUGAGAUUGUCACUAAAUGUGCAAAAAAUAGUAGCAUACUAUCUUUUGUAAGACUUGCUUGCAAGGUGGGUCCUUUGCUGGUGUCUGGGAACUUAAAUUUCAAGAGGUUUCCCUCCACUCUCAAUAAUAAGAGUUGUCCUCUGUGAUGAAGCUGUUUGUACAGUGUGGUUUGUGCGGAACACCUGCUUUCUUUCUGGAAGUCCAAAAUUUUGGUACAUGCUAGGCAGAAGGUACCUGUGUGACUAGCCUGCAGAAAUAAGUCUGAGCCUGGCAUCUCUUUCAUAGUAGACAUUGCACAAUAUCACAACUCAGGUGCUGAGGGAAUUAAGCACAUCCUGCGUAACUUCUACUGGCAGAGGACUCUGGAAGCUGUCUGUGCCUGGUUUACCCCAGGCUUUGUCCCGUAUACCUUUUCCCUUUGCUCUUUUGAUUUUAUGUUUUUACUGUAAUAAAUCAUAGCCAUGAAAACGGUGAUAUGCUGAGUCCUGUGAAUCCUCCAAGCAUGUCAUCAAACCUGGGUAGUGACGCUGACAUAUUGAGCAAUUCUUGAGGGUGUUCACUGGCAGCCUUAGAAAGUCAAAGAGAAAGGCACAUUAUGGCAGAUCUUUUAGAGGCUUACAUUAUGAGGUACUCAGAUAUUUUACCUAUCUGAGAUUAUUAUGCAUAUAAAAGGAAGUGGUAUACUAAGAUUUACUAAUACUAAGCCUCAGGAUGUACUCAUUUGUGUCAGUACUAUAACUAUCCCUGGCUUAUUUUUAGAUGUGGGGUUCUCUUUUGCUUUAAAAAUGUGUGCAUCAGCCUUGGCUGGUGUGGUACAGUGGGUUGGGCAUCAUCCCAUGCACCAAAAAGUUGCAGUUGAUUCCUCGUCUACUCACACUGGGUCGUUAUUUUUAUACUGUUACAUUCUCUGUAUCACGGGGGUUGACCGAUCCUUAUAUUCAUCACACACUUCACAGUGGAUGAAUAAAGUAGUUGUUCAUAAGGAAACAGGAUCAUUGCCAAAAUAUACCCUACUAAAACAACCAGUGAUCUUUUGAAGCCUACUUUUCUGACUUUUACAAAUGGGAUAUAAAACAGGUCAUAACAUCGCCUAGCACGUAAGUAAAACUUUCAGUUGUAUUUCAUCAGAAAUCUGUUCAGGUCUGCUUUUUAUAAAAAUAAAAUAAACUUUUGCAUACUCCCAAUUGUAAACCUAUUUUGCCCCACCCUGUACAUAAACUAUAUCAUUUAUAAUAAAGGUGAUACAUAUGUCAUGUCUUUUGCAAAAUAUAAAAUAAAUCUAAUUUCUAACUAAAA